CCCACUUUCUCCAUUUAAAACGGUGAGGAAUCCUUGAUAUGCACCCCCUCCGCCGGUUGAGUUUCACAAGUCAGAAUGAUGGGUUGAAAUCAGAGUGUAUUCACUAUAGUUAAAUGAUAACCCUGAUACUUCUAAGAGGAUGUCCCGCUCGCCUCGGUAAACAACGCUCCGGCAUGAGCCCGAGCUCGUGCUUUAGCGGUUUAUAUCUGGCAUGAAGCCCACUCGUGCUGGUUGGAACCGCGAGCGUGUUCAUUGAAGAGCGUCCGUCACGUGUUCCGGUCUUGUUACUAUGGAGACAGCCGCCCAAACACCGCUCCUCCACACCAGGCAGCAACAACGUCUCAACAUCAUGUCGGCUCCUGCUGCUUCAGCCGUUACCAGGAGCUGGAGCCGCCCAGGUCAGACUCAGGGAUUUCAAUUUUUUGCGGGAAUUGAUUAUCAAAAUUUGGACAAAUUAUGCACCAUUUGUGGUCUACAGAGCAGGGAAAAUCAUUAUACAACACCUGAGGCACAUCGUACAUUCAUGCAGCUAUAUCGAAGUAUAUUCCUUCAACCAAAACACAGGCUACCUAAGAUUCCUGAAUUAACAGUGAGAAGCAGGUUGCACCAGAACUCAGAAACAGAUGAAUUAGUAAAUAAAGAUCAAGAUUACCUGAAUAAACUGCUGGACAAGAAAAACAUGGAGGAUGUACCAAAACACAUGCAGAAAAAGAUUAAAAUCCUAAUUAGGAUACUUAAAAAACUACCUUUUAACAGAACGCGUGCAGAGCGCCUGAAUACUUAUAAGAUACUGAAGAUUUUCACAGCAAUUAAUACACAGUUUACAGAUGAGGAGUUGAAACAACUCAGUGCACAGAUAGUGAUGGAAUCAUAUGCUAAAGGUGACACAGUGUAUGGAAAUCAGACAUUCUACAUGAUCAUAAAAGGUUCUGCCAAGCCUUACACAAAGCUUAAUGACAAACUUCAGUUGGUAUACUUUGAUUCUUUGUUCGAAACAACUCAAAAAAUGUUAACCUGUGGAGACACCUUUGGUGAAUUGAUUCCAAUUCCAAGUCAGAAAACAAAAGAGAAUGUUCUAUCGGUGGUAACAGAAGACAAGUGUGAAAUUGUUAAAAUUUCUACAGGGCAAUAUGAACAUGUGAAAAGGGAUCUAAUGCAGUGUGAUCUAUUGGUGAAGGAGGAGCUGAUUCAAGGCUGUCCCUUUUACCAACAAUGGCCAAAAUUGUCUCUCCAUAAACUGGUGGAAUUAAUCAAAUGGAAACAGUUUCCUGAAAAUUAUGUUCUAGUAAAAGAAGGUGAAAUCAGCUCUUUUGCAGGAUUUAUCAAGUCUGGCUUCUGCUACAUUUUCAAAGACAUAGAAGCUCUGGUGAAAGUUCCUCUGGGAAAUGUGCAAAGUGAGGUGAAACACAUCAUUAUGGGAAAACUCCAAGAGAAGGAAUCCUUUGGAGAGAUCAGUAUUAUCCUUAACAAACCCUUCACCUGUACAAUUAUCACAGCAACAAAAGUUGAACUUGGAGUUAUUUCUGCAAGUGAUUUACGAGGACUUGACCCAGUAAAUCAAAUACUCCUUCAACAAACAGCAGCACCAAUCUUGGGCAGCCUCACUCAGGAAGAGGUCAACAACAGAUAUAUUGCUUUGGAAAAAGAGAAAGAAUGGCAACAGUUUAAGGUCUUCCUGAAAACUAAAAUGGCAGAAUCAACUGAUGGUUCGAUGGAAGAGAAACCUGAAAUGCAAUAAGAACACUCCUGGCAGUCCCAUUUGUGCUUUGGCUAGAAACUGUGAUCGACCUUAUAAGAGUACAAGCAGAUGUCUGCCGUUGGAUCUGGAUCAAUUCAAGUGUCUGUCUGCUUGUUUUUUUUUACAUUAGUAGGUCUGUUCCACUAAAACACAUUAGCUGGGAAGUUAAUUAAUCACGCUGUUAUUGAACGCAGUCUUUUCACAGAUCCUCCUUCUCCAGAAGAAAUUGCUAUGUCCCAGAAUGCGUUGGAGCACUUUCAUUUUGAAAGUUGCUUGCUUGUAGAUUUCUGCCUUGGAUUCAUUGAUGUAACUGUUGUCAUGUCCCUCACAAAUUUUGUUUCCACUGCCCACUGAUCCUCUAAUAAAAAUAUGCAAGAGGAAACCUCCUUAACUAUUUUGCCCUGUCAUUGAAUUUUCAGGAUAUUCGUGAGUUUUCGAGUAUGAAC